CUUCAGGUCUUUGACCUUUUUUUCUCUAAUUGAUUCGAUGAUCAACCCAACUCAAUCCUAUCCUAGGUAGAAAAUCGACAUCAUUGCUUCUUCGUCCUCAGCCACCUUCUUCGCGUCCUUCCUUUUUUCUUUUUCUUCUUUCCUUAUUCCAGUUCCCGUCCGCCCACACCUAACUUUUAGAAGUAUCGUGACACCGAUAAGAGACGCCCACCUUGAUACCAACCAACUUAUCGUCUCCUCUUUUUAGAAUCCCUUGGUCGUGUUUACCAGCCUUGCCAUUUUGCGACCUUCACCGACUUCCGAACAACAUACACAAUCUUCAACCAGUCGUUUUAGGGGCAUUGUUGGAAAAUGUCGUGGAAGCUCACUAAGAAGUUAAAGGACACCCAUUUGGGUCCCCUUACCAAUACAUUUUCACGAAAUCCUUCGACGUCUACCAUUACAGAAAAGGACGAGAAGUCUCCCAUUCCUACCUCUGCCACGCCUACUCCCAGCGAUAACGCAAUCGCUGCCUCGGAACAUAUGGUCCAAGAGCCCGUCGUGAAGCCCCCGAAACCCGGUAUCCUCGUGGUUACGCUCCACGAAGGUCAGAACUUCGCACUUCCCGAGCAACAUCGGAAUGCCUUCUCCCAACAUGGACAGGGCUCCAUGUCGACGGGGAAUGCCCUGACUGUCGGAUCCGUGCGACCAGGAUCUUCCCAACGAACAGUAGCGGGUUCGUUUAUGAAUGGUAGACCUCAGACUUCAGCAGGUGGUUUUACUGGCAUACCCUCCAACCACGGUCGAAUUUCUAGCAAAUAUCUACCGUAUGCACUCCUAGAUUUCGAUAAGGUACAGGUUUUUGUCAACUCGGUCUCGGGCAACCCAGAGAACCCUCUAUGGGCCGGCGAUAACACCCAGUACAAGUUCGAUGUGUCUCGAGUGACAGAGUUGAAUGUACAUUUAUAUAUGCGCAAUCCCCUAGCACCUCCAGGGUCGGGACGAAGCCAAGAUAUCUUUUUAGGCGUAGUUCGAAUUAACCCUAGGUUCGAGGAGAAGCAUACUUUCGUCGAGGAUCCUAAGGCUAGCAAGAAAGAUCGCGAGAAGGCUGCCGCGGAGUUCCAGAGCCGAGAGCGGGAGUUGGGCCACAGCGGCGUUGACUGGGUCGAAGUGCAAUACGGCGCUGGUAAACUCAAGAUCGGUGUGGAGUACGUCGAAAACCGUGCCGGCAAGCUUAAGAUUGAGGAUUUCGAGUUGCUCAAGGUGGUCGGCAAGGGUAGUUUCGGAAAGGUUAUGCAGGUUCGCAAGAAAGAUACCAGCCGAAUCUACGCCCUCAAGACGAUUCGCAAGGCACACAUCAUCUCCAGAUCCGAGGUCGCCCACACGUUGGCCGAGAGAUCUGUGCUGGCACAGAUUAACAACCCCUUCAUCGUGCCUCUAAAGUUUACAUUCCAGUCUCCGGAGAAGCUCUACUUCGUGCUGGCUUUCGUCAACGGCGGCGAGUUAUUCCACCACCUUCAAAAAGAGCAGCGAUUCGACGUCAAUCGAGCGCGAUUCUACACCGCUGAACUUCUCUGUGCGCUGGAAUGUUUACACGGUUUCAACGUCAUCUACCGAGAUCUGAAGCCCGAGAACAUCCUUCUCGAUUACCAAGGCCACAUCGCCCUCUGCGAUUUCGGUCUGUGCAAAUUGGACAUGAAGGACGAAGACCGGACGAAUACCUUCUGCGGAACCCCCGAAUAUCUAGCUCCCGAACUUCUUAUGGGCAAAGGCUAUAACAAGACGGUCGACUGGUGGACCUUGGGAGUUCUCCUCUAUGAAAUGCUUACGGGUCUCCCACCUUUCUACGAUGAGAAUACGAACGAGAUGUAUCGGAAGAUUUUGUCCGAGCCGCUACACUUCCCUAGCGCGGACGUCGUUCCCCCGGCAGCCAAGGAUCUUCUCUCGAAACUGUUGAACCGCAAUCCCGAGGAGCGAUUGGGAGCUGCAGGCAGCGCCGAGAUCAAGGCCCACCCGUUCUUCCACGCCAUAGAUUGGCGCAAGCUGUUGCAGCGGAAGUAUGAGCCUACCUUCAAGCCCAGCGUGGCCGAUGCUCUCGAUACCAAGAAUUUCGACCCGGAGUUUACGUCAGAAGCCCCACAGGACUCGUACGUCGAGGGGCCAGUAUUGUCGGAGACGAUGCAAAACCAAUUUGCGGGUUUCAGUUACAACAGACCAAUUGCCGGAUUAGGUGACGCCGGUGGCAGCGUUAAGGACCCUUCAUUCGUAGGCAGCAUCCAGGAUCGGCGAUAAACAAAGGGAUAGGAACAUGCAAACAGAGAGACAUGUAAAGGGGGUUCACGAUUACAAGAUUGGAAGACUUAAAGAUAGGUGGAUGCGAAGUAGGGCUGGGUAGAAUAGGGGGUACACCAUAUGGUGUGGCUGGAGAGUUCACACCACUUACUAGGCUACGAAGUACAACUACGGUGUGUUCUGUUGUGUUGCUUUGCUUUGCGUUGCGGUUGCGACUCGUUUGCCGGACUUUGGACCACACAGGAAGCACUUUCAUAUGGAGUUUGGCAUGAAUUGUUGACGAUGCCUCCGAGCUUGCGCCUUCUGGGACCUCAAAAGGGGAGACAACCACUCUGUAGAUAAAGAAGACGGAGGUUAAGAAAAGAGAAAGAUGCCGUUGCUGAGCUGAA